UGUUUCCAAAAAUCGUCUGUGCCCAUAUGUCUGUUUUUACGCAUGAUGCGCGAACGACAGCAGGCGGCGCGGCGGGGCAUGGGUAAAUUGAGGAUAAAAUGCAAAAAUCCAAUCGCCUCUCUCUCUCUCUGAAACAGUCGAUCUCCGAUUUUGCUAGACUUGCCGUCUAGAUGUUAAGGCUUAGGCUCUCUUCUCUCAUUCUGCUCUGCAGCUUAACGUGGAAUGAUGGAGCCCAGAUCGUGAUUAUUUCGACGAGAAACUCGAAAGACCAUGACAAUCUGGAGUCCCUGCACUUGCGUGGGUUUCCAGCACCGGACGUUUUGCACUUUAAACAAACCACGGGGAAUGAUCAUGCUGAAAGGCCUCUAUUUUCUGAAGAACAGCCGAGGCUGGGUACUGAUCCAGAUGAAUCAAUGGCAGAGAGACUUGAACCGCGAGGGAACAUAUUUCGCUUCCUCUCCUGUUGGUUCAAGGAGAAGUUACGACGGCACAAGAGUAGGCGCACGGAUACCUAUCCCCGUGGCCCUCUGAUUCCGAUAAUGGAUCGAAGAGACAAAGCUUCCCGACAAGGCACUCGAGGAAAAAUGGUUGUACCGGCAGCCGUGGAUACAUCACCGCGAGGUUCCCCUCUUCAUUGAUAUCUAUGUCGCAGGCAAUUAGUUAAAUCAGGCAUUUUAUCAAAUGCCUAGGAAGGUAGUCAAAUUUUAGCAGUUAACAAAAUUGUGUAAAUUUAUGGCGAAAAGUUUUCAAUAUUUUAAUAAAUAUGGCUCAUCAAAUCUACAAACACCUCUUGCUCCUUCCUCUCCAAAUGUUUCUCAUAUAUUUAAUGUUAAAAUUUUAAAAAAGUUCAAUUUAAUGGCAAUCUGAUGAUUUUAAGAUAUAUGUUCGUUCAGGAGCUAAAAACCGUUUAAAAUGUUAUUGUAAGAUGACAAUUUUCAUAGAGAAUUCUUUCUUACAGGAGCUUUGUCUAAAAUUAGGGAAAUAAUCAAAAUAACAAUUUAAAGUAAGAAUAUUUGACUGUUAGCCUGGGCAUUAGACAAAAUGCCUGAAUAUACUAUUUGCCUGCGACAUCUGUAAAUAGAGUUUCCACUCAGCCACCUUUCAAUACAUGGCUGGCUGAGAGGUAAAAAAAUUGACUUUCCAUAAGAUUUUCUGCCAAUCUCAAAAGAGAUGUCUUUUUUUCUUUUUUCAUUUGACUUUCGACUCGGAAAUUGAACAAAUAUUCUUUUUCCACAUUACAGGGUGUCUAAUAAAACCAGCUGGCCAAAAAUUAGUUCUUUUACGGUACUGUUUCAGUACAUUCCAAAGAAAUUCAGUACCCCCUCAUCCCAAAAGUUGAGUGCUUUUCCAGUACCUUCAUUUGAUGAAAUCCGAAAAAUUUAGAAAAUCUGAAAUUCUUGCUCGAAACGCGACAAAAUGACUUAGCCACAAAAUUCCAUUGGUGGCUGGUAGAUUCACUGUCUCACAAUCACGAUCUUGCAGGGAAAUACUACUAGAUAAGAAUCAACAUUCAGGGACUUUCCAGGCUUUAAUAAAAAUACUCAUGGUAUGAGGGAAAAAAUUCCGGACCUUCUGGCAGGAUUUCCGCACUUUUUCAGUACU